UCCACCGAGAGGCGUCCGUCGGCUUCACAAAUCCGCCGUGUGAAUCAGGAUGCUGGGGGGGGGGGAUCCGUGAAGCCGUGGGCUCCUGGACAUGUUAUUGUCAGCGCCGGGAAAUGAACGCUGUUUUUAUUUUAUUUUAAAUCUGACAAAUAUCUCUCAUUAGCAGCAGCAAAACACGCAGCGCUACAGUCCGCAUGAGAGAGGGUUUUCUUUUGAAUGUUUAGACGCUUUUUAAAAAAUAACGUUAUCUUUGCCGGGUGAGAAGAAGCAGACACACCGAGCAGAACUAACAAGCCGCGGCCGCCUGACAGGUGCCGUUGCCCGGCGCAGCGUGGAGAGAUGCCGCCCGUCCAGAGAACCAUGUCUGAUCUUCGUACCCGGUCGGAGGGCUAUGAAAAGACAGAGGACACAUCAGAAAAGACAUCUUUAGCUGACCAAGAAGAUGCCCGACUGAUAUACCUCAACCAGCAGCAGUUCACCAAGUUUUGCAGCAAUCGAGUCAGCACGGCCAAAUAUAAUGUCCUCACCUUCCUUCCUCGGUUCCUCUACUCGCAGUUCAGGAGGGCGGCCAAUGCUUUCUUUCUCUUCAUUGCACUCCUGCAGCAAAUCCCAGAUGUGUCUCCCACUGGUCGCUGGACCACACUGGUGCCGCUGCUCUUCAUCCUGGUGGUGGCAGCAGUCAAGGAGAUCAUUGAGGAUCUGAAACGUCACAAAGCUGACAACGUUGUCAACAAAAAAGAAUGUCAAGUACUGAGGAAUGGUGCCUGGGAGAUUGUGCACUGGGAGAAGGUGGCUGUUGGGGAAGUAGUCAGAGCUGCAAACGGGGAUCACCUCCCGGCUGAUCUCGUCAUACUGUCGUCCAGUGAACCACAGGGUAUGUGCUACAUUGAAACAUCUAACUUGGAUGGAGAAACCAACCUUAAAAUCAGACAAGGUCUCCAAGUGACCGCAGAAAUUAAGGACAUCGACAAUUUGAUGCGUCUCUCUGGGCGGAUGGAAUGUGAGAGCCCAAACCGCCAUCUGUAUGAGUUUGUUGGGAACAUCCGGCUGGAUAGACACAGUACUAUGCCGCUGGGUCCAGACCAGAUCUUACUGAGAGGAGCUCAGCUGAGGAACACCCAGUGGGUCCACGGUGUGGUGGUCUACACAGGACAUGACACAAAGCUCAUGCAGAAUUCCACGCGGCCUCCUUUGAAGCUGUCCAACGUUGAGCGUAUCACCAACUUUCAGAUCCUUGUGCUGUUUGGCUGCCUGCUGGCCAUCUCUCUGGUCUGCUCGAUCGGCCAAACCAUCUGGAAGUACCAGUACGGCAAUGAUGCCUGGUACAUGGAUCUCAACUAUGGCGGGGCAGCUAACUUUGGCCUCAACUUCCUCACCUUCAUCAUCCUGUUCAACAACCUGAUCCCCAUUAGUCUCCUGGUCACACUGGAAGUUAUCAAGUUCAUCCAGGCUUUUUUCAUCAACUGGGACACUGAUAUGCUCUAUGAGCCCACCAACACACCGGCCAUGGCACGCACCUCCAAUCUGAAUGAAGAAUUAGGCCAGGUGAAAUACAUUUUCUCUGACAAGACAGGGACCCUGACCUGCAACGUCAUGCAGUUCAAGAAGUGCACCGUUGCCGGUGUGGCCUAUGGUCACGUCCCUGAGGCUGAGGAGGGUAGUUUUGCAGACAUUGACUGCCACAGCACACACUCAUCAGACGAGGCCGGAUUUAACGACCCAAGCUUACUGGAAAACCUCCAAAGUAAUCACCCGACAGCUGCUGUCAUCCUGGAGUUCAUGACCAUGAUGGCCAUCUGUCACACUGCAGUCCCUGAGCGUGCUGAUGGAAAAAUCACAUACCAGGCAGCAUCUCCAGAUGAGGGAGCUCUGGUGAGAGCAGCACAACAACUGGGCUUUGUGUUUUCUGGUAGAACCCCAGACAGCGUCUUUGUGGAAAUGCUUGGAAAAGAGGAGAGGUAUGAGCUGCUUCAUGUGCUGGAGUUUACAAGUGUGAGGAAGAGAAUGUCAGUCAUCAUGCGCACCCCAUCUGGGAAGAUCCGCCUCUACUGCAAAGGAGCUGACACAGUGAUCUAUGAUCGUCUGGCAGACAGCUCUAGGUACAAAGAGAUCACAUUGAAGCACCUGGAGCAAUUUGCCACAGAGGGACUGCGCACUUUGUGCUAUGCGGUGGCAGACAUCAGUGAGUCGUCCUAUCAGCACUGGCUGGAGAUCCAACACAGAGCCUCCACCGCGCUGCAGAACAGAGCCCUCAAACUGGAGGAGAGCUACGAACUCAUAGAAAAGAACCUGCAGCUGCUCGGGGCCACAGCGAUAGAAGACAAGCUCCAGGAUAAGGUGCCUGAGACCAUAGAGACUCUGAUGAAAGCUGACAUCAAGAUCUGGAUCCUGACUGGGGACAAACAGGAAACAGCCAUUAAUAUCGGACAUUCUUGCAAACUACUGACCAAGAACAUGGGCAUGCUCGUGAUCAAUGAGGACACACUUGAUAGAACAAGGGAAACCCUCAGCCACCACUGUGGAAUGCUUGGAGAUGCCCUCCACAAGGAAAACGACUUUGCCCUCAUUAUUGAUGGGAAGACUCUCAAAUAUGCUCUCACAUUUGGAGUGCGACAGUACUUCCUGGACCUCGCCCUGUCCUGUAAAGCUGUCAUAUGCUGCAGGGUAUCUCCUCUUCAGAAGUCAGAGGUGGUGGAGAUGGUAAAGAAACAGGUGAAGGUGAUCACGCUGGCUAUCGGUGAUGGUGCUAACGACGUAGGAAUGAUACAGACAGCUCAUGUCGGUGUGGGAAUCUCAGGCAAUGAAGGUCUGCAGGCAGCAAACUCAUCUGACUACUCUAUUGCCCAGUUCAAAUACUUGAAGAAUCUGCUGCUUGUCCACGGAGCCUGGAAUUACAACCGUGUAGCCAAAUGUAUCCUGUACUGCUUCUACAAGAACAUUGUCCUCUACAUCAUUGAGAUCUGGUUUGCAUUUGUCAAUGGCUUCUCGGGUCAGAUUCUGUUUGAACGCUGGUGCAUCGGCUUGUACAACGUGAUCUUCACUGCUCUGCCUCCUCUCACUCUGGGAAUAUUUGAGCGCUCCUGCAGGAAAGAGAACAUGCUGAAGUACCCAGAACUCUACAAAACCUCCCAGAAUGCUAUGGGUUUUAAUACCAAGGUCUUCUGGGCCCAUUGUCUGAAUGGCCUCUUCCACUCCGUCAUCCUCUUCUGGUUCCCCCUCAAAGCCUUCCAGCAUGAUACGGUUUUUGGCAACGGAAGAACUCCAGACUAUCUCCUAUUAGGCAACAUGGUUUACACAUUUGUGGUCAUCACAGUUUGUCUUAAAGCUGGCCUUGAGACCUCUUCCUGGACCAUGUUCAGUCACAUUGCCAUCUGGGGAAGCAUCGGCCUGUGGGUGGUGUUUUUCAUUAUCUACUCCUCCCUGUGGCCUCUCAUCCCUCUGGCCCCCGACAUGUCUGGAGAGGCAGAGAUGAUGUUCAGUUCAGGGGUCUUCUGGACAGGUCUGGUCUUCAUCCCCAUCACCUCGCUGGUCUUUGACGUUGCCUACAAAGUAGUGAAGAAGGUGUGUUUCAAGACCCUGGUGGAUGAAGUGCAGGAGCUGGAGGCUUUAUCCAAAGACCCUGGAGCAGUGGUGCAUGGAAAGAGUUUGACGGAGAGGGCCCAGCUCCUGAAGAACGUCUUCAAGAAGAGCACAGUCAGUCUGUACCGGUCUGACUCCAUGCAGCAGAACCUGCUCCAUGGCUACGCCUUUUCUCAAGAUGAGAACGGAGUGGUGUCACAGUCUGAGGUUAUCAGAGCGUACGACACCACCAAACAGAGGACCAACGAGUGGUGAGCACCGGCCUUCUCCUUCCUGGCCGGCCAAUCCGGAGCCACAGCAACCGUUUCUCAUGGCGAUAUUUGAAGAGAAGCCAUGAUGCGAGCGUGUGCCUCCAGCACUGAGGGGAUUUUAGGACAUGAAUAUGAAACGAAUAGAGGAGAGUGACAUUGUGUAAUCUUUGAAAAAGGGGGGAAAAAAACAAGGAGCAAAACAAAUAGUGUUCACUAUCAGCUGUAGUUGUGUGUCCAGCAGACAUGAUGAGCACUGUGCUUUCUUAGCAGUCUGUGGUCUGAAGCUCUUCACUGUUUCACUGUUUGUUGGAGCAAAAUGUCUCCUUUCUUUUGAUUUAUGGAAAAACAGUUUCCAGCACUGAGCCAAAAAAAAGUCUAAAAUCAUUAUAGUAAAUUGAAAUCAAACUCCUAAACACUUGUGAAAGUUAAACACUGAAUGAUGAUUCGUUUUAUUUGAAUAUUUGAACUUGUGUCAGAUUGCCAAAGAGCAGUCGCGUAUACAAUCUUCCAAAUACUCGUGAAUUCGGACAGAAACCUCAAACCAAAUGCAAUCACACUCCUGAGUGUAUUCCAACAUCAAACGGACCGCUUCAGAGCAGACAUUUGUAAUUUAAUUUGCUUUUUGCACUUAAGGAAGCAUCUCUUGUGUAAGGCCUUACAUUUGCUCAUGCCUUCAUCCUCUUUUAAAAUACACCUUUUUUUUCUUUUUCUUUAUUACUUUUUAUAGUUUCGUUAUUAAAGUAUGUAGAUAUUGUGCCUGGUUUUAUUUCUGUUUCUUUUCUUUUUUUUAACUGUUGCCUCCUGCAACACACCGUAGUCCGGUUUCCACCAUUUAUACAGCAGAAGUAUUGCUCUUGACAGAUAAUUGCAUUCCACACUUCACUCCUGUCUCAACAAUCACAACGGUGCCUAUGUAGAACUUUUCCCUCUUAGAAGUAAAAGAUAGCCAAGAGUAGUUUUAGCCAGCUAGCUUAGAGCAGUGCUUCACACACACAUACUGGAGACACAUCA